GUGUGUGUGUGUGUGUGUGUGUGUGUGUGUGUGUGUGGAGACGUUGACGGCUUUGCGGCUGGCAGUGCGACAAGACCGCAAAACGACGAGAGAGAGGACGAGAUAGCGACAAGUGAGAAAGGAAUACUACCUCUGGACUCCCCACAUGGCAAGUGGCGCUCGUGACAUGGAAGUAACGCCGUCUGGAGGAUCUGGUAUGGCUGGGACUCGCCAUCCAACCCAACAACAACAGGUGGCUAUGCAACAUCUGCAUCAUAUGCAACAAAUGCAGCAUGCUCUGCAUCAGGCUCGGGUCAUGCAGCAGGCGGCGGCCUCGCGUGGCUUGUCCAACGGCAUGGUCAUGCCCUCGCUCCCGCUCCAUCCAUCCCUCCCUGUCAUGGCUAUGUCGGGCUCGGGUGGAAAUGACGUGGGCCAGCAGCAGGGCCAGCCGCGGACCGAGUCGGAGCACUCGCGGCCCAACUCAGCCCGCGAGCGCUCGCCCUCGCGCGAUGGCGCAGGUUCGGGCUCGGGCGCAGGCUCGCGUAAGGGCUCGGUCGGCGACACGCCCGGCGAGAUCAAGCUCGCGCACCGUGCGACGGAGAAGAAGCGGCGGAAGCUGAUCAAGGAUACGAUCAACCAGCUCCGCGAACUGGUGCCGGCACAGCCGGACGACCCCAACGACAAGCCGCGGAUCAAGACCAAGGCGGAGAUUCUGCUGGAGACAGUCGACUACGUGCGGGAGCUGCAGGCCAAUGUGGCCCUGCUCCAGUCGCAGGUGCGUAUGGCAGAGGACAACGCGGCGCGGCUGUUUUCGACCAACUCGCGGUUCCUCAACCACAUCCACGCCGUCCAGCAGGAGAACGAAAAGCUGCGAAAGCUGGUUCAGACUGUCCUCGACACCAAUUCCAUUGACAAGCUCCGUGAGUUUGUCGAACUGGGCCAGCCACAGCCGCAGCCGCAGCGUCCAGCUGCCGCAAGCGGCCUGGGCGGGCCCGCCGGCGAGGAGCCGGGGCCCGAGCCCAGGCCGGGCGUGGGCCACAUCGGCCUCUCACUCAUGACCCGCCGUGCGUCCGAGUCGUCGUCCGUCGCCCUCAGCGAGGGCGAGUUUACCCCGCGCAAGCGCAAGCGGCGCUUCGAGUCUGGCGAAGACGUGGCGUCGUCGCGCUCCUCGUCCAACCACUCGCCGCGGACGUCGCCCACCCCAGGCUCCAAGCCGGUAACCCCUGUCACCGAGACACCACCCAUGGCAGUCGAGGGAGCCGUGCCCAUGCCGUUUGGCGGACAGCGCCAGACCCACCAGGCCCGCCAGGUCCACUCGGCCGCCUCGUCGCCGCUGAGCCGCUCGGUGCCCAUGGCAUCGUCGGCCACCCUCAUCAACGCUCUCACCGACUCGUUCAACGAUCCUUUUUCCUCCAUUCUCGGCCCGUCCCGUUUUGACUCGCGCGGCGUGGGCUCGGGCGUCGCGGGCGGCCAAGCUUCAAGAGCCCCGCCCACAAGCCACGGCGCUGUCGGGCUUAGUGCCUCUCACGCCCAUGCUCACUCUCGCCCACAUGGCUCCGCUUCGCGCAGACCGCAGUCGCAGGACUUUUCUCUCUCCGCCAAUGACCUCCCACACUCAUUCGACCCCGAGACCGACGCCCUCGGCUAUCUCAACCUCGGCUUUGAUGACCUCGAAGUCAUAGGCGGCGCUGACGACUUUCUCGUUGGCGACGACCUGUAAUCUGGAAGUGAACGCGCCACUGAACGCGCGCACCAGCCCGUCAUUGCACCGCAUCGCACUGUGUCGCAUCGCAUCGCACUGGGUAGCACAUCUCCUGAACACAGCACUCCAUCGCGA